AAGCCUAACCGAUUAGGCCACCCCCUCAAAAUGGAAGAACGAGCAAUCGUCGUCCCGAACCACCUUCCGCCAUUAUCUCCAUUGGCUCCGUCCCCCGAUCCACGAUCUGGUUUCGACUCUGCAUCCAGAACCUUCCAUAGCCUCCGUCCGUACGUCCCCCUUCCGCCGCCCGAUCGCCCCCUCUCCUUCGCCGCCUACGCUUUCUCCCUCCUCCCCUCCCCUCUCCCCUCCCACCCCGCCAUCGUCAACGCCGCCACCGGCGACACAAUCUCCUUCGUUGAUUUCAUAACCCAGGUCCGCUCCCUUGCCGCUGCCUUACGGUCCGAGGUCGGCCUCGCCAAGGGCCAUGUCGUCUUCAUCCUUGCCCCACCCUCCCUCGAUAUUCCCGCUUUGUACCUCGCCAUUCUCUCCAUCGGCGCCGUUAUUUCCGCUGCCAACCCUGCCUCCUCCCCCGCCGAGCUCGCUCGCCUUGUCUCCCUCUCGGAUCCCCACAUUGCCUUCGCCGCGUCGCAGGACGCCGCCAAGCUCCCCAGCCACGUGGCCACCGUCCUACUCGACUCGCCCCGUUUCCGCUCGUUUCUCGAUGCCGAGGCAGGGGACCUCGUGGAGGAGGAGGUCGAGCAAUCGGACGUGGCCGUCAUACAGUACUCCUCCGGGACAACCGGUAUGGUGAAGGCGGCGGCGCUGUCGCAUCUAAAUUUCAUCGCGAUGGUCGCUGGAUUCCACUCUUUGAGGAAGCCAGCGGGCGGGGAAGAGGUGACGCUCCUGGGAGCGCCCCUGUUCCAUUCCAUGGGUUUCUUCUUCUUGAUGAAAGGGUUGGCGUUGGGCGAGACGACUGUGGUGAUGGGGGGCCGGGGAGGUGUGAAGGAAAUGAUUCAGGCCGCAGAGAGAUAUCGGGCGACGGCCAUGACGGCGUCGCCCCCCGUGGUUGUUGCGAUGGCAAGGUCACUGGAGAGUGUCGGCCUGACAGCACUGGAGUACGUCACCUGCGGCGGAGCCGCACUCCCUGAGGCAGCAGCCAUGAGAUUCAUGAGGCGCUUUCCACAUAUUCAGAUCCGUCAGGGAUAUGGAUCCACUGAAGCCGGAGGCAUAUCGAGGAUGAUAUGUAAAGAAGAGUGUCAUCGGAUGAGGUCAGUCGGACGCCUCUCCCAACAUGUCGAGGCAAUGCUUGUGGAUAAUGCCACAGGAGAAACAUUAUCAAUUGGCAAAACCGGCGAGCUAUGGCUUAGAGGUCCUUCAAUCAUGUUAGGUUAUGUGGGAAAUAAGCAAGCCAAUGCAAACACCUUCGAUGCUAGAGGCUGGCUAAAGACUGGUGACCUUUGUUACUUUGAUGAGGAUGGGUUUCUUUACGUUGUGGAUAGGUUGAAGGAAUUGAUAAAAUAUAAAGCCUAUCAAGUUCCACCUGCUGAGUUAGAGCAUUUGCUUCAAUACCUUCCAGGGGUUGCCGACGCUGCUGUGGCUUCUUAUCCAGAUGAAGAGGCAGGUCAAAUACCUAUGGCUUUAAUAGUUCGACAACCAAACUCCAAACUAACUGAAGUAGAAGUAAUGAAUUUCAUUGCGAAACAGGUAGCGCCAUACAAGAAGAUUCGCAAAGUUGUGUUCACUAACAAGAUACCGAAAACGCCAUCAGGAAAGAUCUCGAGGGCUGAAUUACGCAACCAUCCAGUUUUGAAGUCCUCUAGACUAUAAGAGGGAUUCUUUUUUUGUAAUAAAUAAUUAGGUGGAUAAAUUGGACUCAUGUAUGCCCCAAUAUACUAUGUCCUCAAGUUUCUUCAAUAAUGAUCUCUCUUGGGGCCUGGGGCCUGGGGCCUGGGGCCGGACUGAUGGUCCUAGGUUCGAUGUUA